AACACAAACUCUUUCAUAAAAAUAAAAUUUGCAAGAAAAGCCACUAUGUUGACUAUGUUUACAAAAAUUUAGACUGACCAUACAUUUUUAUUUUAUCCUACAUACAGGGAAUGAUUGAAAACCUCAUUUCAAGAAAAUAAAAAUUGGAUAUUUUUUAUGUUUUCCACUUAGAGGGUUAUCUGUCUCCCUCUUAUCUUCCACUUGUUGACCUAAUAUGUUCUCCAUUUGGAUAAUAGUCGUCGUUCAUCUCUCCUCAAACGUUCUCACUCAACCUCAUUCACAAAUUCAUCUCCACAACACAGUUACAGUACCGACUCCACCAAUCCCCUCUACAAGUAAUCUCAAUCUCAGUGACAAUGGAUCCAUUCAUGUUGAGAUCCCUUCACUCCAACGAAAGAGUCUUCAUUAAAUCACUAUAUGUGGGAGUGCCAUAUGUUUUUGUCCCGCAAAGGUUUGACGCUCGUUUUGGCCGUGUAAUCAAUGAUACGGUUGAGCUAAAAGACCCUGUUGGAAAUAUUUUCAUAGUUCGCUAUGAUCACAACCCAGGAGAUGCUCGUCUUACCAAUGGUAUUAUGGAGUUGCGAUCUGUUCACGAAAUCCAAACAACACUACAUAUUCAAUUUGUCUACUGUGGUCAAUCAAAAUUUACCAUCAACAUUUACAACUUAUGGCCUCCAGAGAUUGACUACAAGAUUCGUCAGCAAGUGAAUCCUCAAAUGAAUUCAUCUAUUGUUGAUGUCGAAUCGUCUAAUACCAAUGAAACACAUGAUUCUGAUAUGCAUACCGUGAGUGAUGACCAAAACUAUGGGCAUCUUCUUCAGUAUCGAGGCAGUGAUCUGAUGUGGCUUGCUGAUAUUACUAUCAAACACAUUCAUGGCGAGGAACCAAUGUGUACAAAAACGAGCUUUCCCUGACCUGCCUACAGAGGUAAUGGUUAUCCUUCCUGAUGAUACUGUCACGGAAUGGAGUAUAUCCUGGUAUUCUAAGGAUGAGGCCAGCACAUCUACCUGUACCGAGCCUGAGAUGAUAGGUGAGUUGGGUGCUGGAUGGUGUGAUUACUUUAGAGACAAAUAUAAGAGAGAUGGCAAUAGGUCCUGAGUUUUUGAGAUGUUGUUGUUUGAGAUACCUCAAGGGGAUGUUUACCUUUUGUUUGUUGAUCCAGUGUAACUAUACUACUCUUUUCGUGAAUUGUGUUGUCUUCUCUUGUGGAUAGCUUGGCGUUAAAUUCAGACCUUCUUAUGUAAUUGAGAUAAUCGUUUUUUUGUGAACUAUUUGUAGCGUAACU